AUGAAUAACUUAUCAAACUUUAAUGCAUGGGCAAAUAACCCUCUCAAGACAAGAAAUGAUCUCGUACAAGCCCUUCACCAACAAUUGGAUCCAUUGAUUCCCGCUUUCUCCGAGGAUGGUGGUGCAGUUUGUUUAGCUGAUUCUGGGGCUAUAUUCACAAUGGAAGCAGCAGAAUUAGAAGGUUUUGCCAGGCCAUUAUGGGGAAUUGUUCCAUAUGUUUUUGGUGGUGGUGAAUUCAAACAUUGGGAUCUCUUCAGAAAGGGUUUGACAAAUGGAACAAAUUCCAACCAUCCAGAAUAUUGGGGAGAUAUUAAAAUUUUAAGUAUGAAACAACAGUUAGUGGAAUUGGCAGCUGUUGGUUUUGCGUUGUGUUUCGUUCCGGAGCAUAUCUGGAAUCCGUUAACAGAUGAAGCCAAGAGAAAUGUUUCCAAAUUUUUACUUGAGGCAAGAGAAAAUGAAUUUAAUCAUUGCAAUUGGAAAUUUUUUAGAGUUAUGAUAGAUUUAGGUUUAGAAAAAAUUGGGAUUGAAUUUGAUAGAUCCUUGACAGAAGAAUAUUUCGAAGACCUAGAAACAAUGUAUAUUGAUGACGGCUGGUAUGGUGAUGGUGUUAACUAUAGAAUUGAUUAUUAUAACCCUUUUGCAUUACAUUUUUAUGGUAUGAUAUAUUAUUUCAUCAAGCAUGAUAGUGAUCCAGAAAGAAGUAACAUAUACAGAAGUAGAGCUGAGAAAUUCGCAAAGCAAUUUAUUCAUUGGUUCAGUGAUGAUGGAGCUUGUAUACCAUUCGGUAGAUCUUGCAUAUAUAGGUAUGCUGUUGAUGCAUUUUGGGGUAUGAUUGCAUGUAUAACCAAGCCAAACGAAGAGCCAGUCAUUCCAUGGGGUGUUUUGAAGGGUGUGUAUUUAAGAAAUUUACGUUGGUGGUCCAAGCAGUCUGUUUCUUUCUAUAAAACUAACAUUUUAUCGGUUGGUUACAGUUAUCCAAAUCAGUUCAUUUGUGAAGCUUACAACUCUCCUCAAUCGCCAUAUUGGUCACUUAAAGCAAUGUCACCUUUAAUGUUACCAGAAUCUCACCCGUUCUGGGCUACCCAAGAGGAGCCAUUGCUAUUAGAAGAUGCUAGCUUUAGAGUACCUGGGAUGUUUAUUUCUCACGCUAAAGGUAACACUAUUGCAUUGUCAAGUGGUCCUUACCAUGAUUUCGCUAGACACUGGGCUGAAAAGUACUGCAAAUUUGCAUAUAGUACUAGAUAUGGUUUUAGUGUGGAAAACAACCUAAAAGAAUUUGAAUUAGCUACUCUUGAUAAUAUGAUAGGUUUUAGCUUCACUGGCAAGGACUUCUACUUUAGAGGUAAGAAUAAAUCUUGGAUUUUCAAAGACGGCUUGUAUAGUGAAUGGUCGCCUGUGAAGGAUAUUGAAGUCAAGACCUGGAUACUCCAAAGAGGUAAAUACCAUAUAAGGGUGCACAACAUCUUUAAUAAUUCCAAUGAUGCUGUAGUAUCUUUAGAAGGUGGCUUCGCAGUUUCGGUAAUGCGUAAGAAGAAGAUUGAUAUCAUUACUAAUUCUGGGUUAAAAUCUAUUGCUCAAAUAUCAACUUCUGAUGAUACCAGUUUAUUGAUUAAUUUAUUAAAUGAAAGAGAACCAAGAGCAUGUGAGCCAGAUCCAAAUUGCAAUUUAAUAUCGUCAAAAGUAAUGUUACCACAGUUAAGAGGGUCAAUCCCAGCUAAAUCUUCAGCUAAUUUUGCUUGUGUUGUCUACGGUCAGCCUAAGGACAGUUCCUUCUCGGCCGAUACCUUAAAAUAUUCCGUAGAUAUUCCAAAUCAAAGAGAGUUAGAGGAAUUAAAAUCUAAGGCUCACAGAGUGUUAUGUAAUGUUUAG